AUGGGCUCAAACCUGUAUAGCUUUGACUACCCUUCGCUCAAGGAGCUACUCAAAGAUACAAAUGCCGAGGUUCUGCUUCCCGGUGACGGGCCGGCAUACGAGAAGAGCAUUGAAAGAUGGAGUGAACAUUGCAUCAAGAGAGCUGCAGCCGUUGUGCUCGUCACCUCACCCAACGACGUCUCCGCAACCCUCGCCCAGAUCCGCCAACACAGCAUCCCCUUCACCGUCCGAGGCGGCGGACACUCUACUUCUGGCGCCGCUUCAAUCGAAGACGGAAUCGUGAUUGAUCUCUCUAAGAUGCGCAAAGUGAUUGUAGACCCUCAAGCCAAGACUGUCACGGUCGAGGGAGGAGCCCUCUGGGAAGAUGUCGAUGUUGAGGCUGCAAAGUACGGUCUCGCAACUGUCGGAGGUACUGUUAAUCAUACUGGUGUGGCUGGCCUAACGCUUGGUGGCGGGUAUGGGUAUCUUACCGGGAAGUAUGGGUUGACGAUUGACAACCUUAUCUCCGUCGAGAUUGUCCUCGCUUCUGGAGAACAACUCACUGCAUCCGCAACCUCAAACGAAGAUCUCUUCUGGGCCGUACGCGGGGCAGGCCAGAAUUUUGGGGUAACAACAUCAUUCACCUUCCAAGCCUAUGAUCAAAAGAACGAAGUCUUUGCCGGACCCCUCGUAUUCCCACCAGACAAGAUUCCGCAGCUUGUCGCAUUCGCAAACAAGUUCCACGAAACGAACGAUGGGAAUCAGGCCAUGAUGAUGGGGUUCUCGGCGCCUCCGCCUGCAAAUUCACCUGUUGCUCUCUGCCAGCUCUUCUACAACGGUCCGCAAGACGAGGCAAAAGCAUUUUUCGCCGACCUUUUUGCGCUCGGUCCCAUCGCAGACAUGACAUCCAUGAUUCCCUACCAAAAGCUAAACAGCCUGCUCAACCCCACGGCAGGCUUCGACGGACGCAAACAAUUUGGUGGAGGCGCUUUCAAACUUCCCUUGAACCCAGAAUUCGUUGUGCAGCUGCAUGCGGAGUUCAAUGCGUUUGUCGCAUCGCACGAACGGACGAAUGAGAGUCUUCUGAUGUUCGAGAUUAUUCCUUACAAGAAGGUGAUAGAGGUGCCGAAUGACCAGAUGUCGUUUUCGAAUCGGGGAGAUUAUUACAAUGUUGCUACGGUUUUCAAAUGGUUCGAUCCAGCACUCGACGCCGAAGUCCGUACAUUCUCUCGAAAUCUCCUGAAGAAGGCCUCCGAAACUGCCGCGGAUCGUUCGAAAGACGGAGGAGUCGGCCAGUAUGGCAACUAUGCAAAUGCCGAUGUGGAAGCAAACGAGAUAUUUGGUGAGAAUGUGAAACGACUUGAAGGAUUGAAACACAAAUAUGACCCGGAUAAUCUGUUUAGUCAUGGAACGAGAUUGACGCCGCGACCUCUAGUAGUCGUAAACUAA